GCUGCGGACGUUCAGUGUUGCGAAUGUGUGCAAGCAACAAAUGAUUUGAUUAAGAUGGGUAAUAAGCAAACAAUAUUUACCGACGAGCAGCUCGAUGCCUACCAGGACUGCACAUUCUUCACCCGCAAAGAAAUUCUGCGGUUACAUGGCAGGUACCACGAGUUGGCUCCACAUCUUGUACCAAUGGACUACACCAAUGAUCCUGAUUGCAAACUGCCUUUAGCCUUAAUAGUCAACAUGCCAGAGUUAAAGGAGAACCCAUUCCGCAACAGGAUCGUCGAGUCUUUCUCCGAGGACGGGAUGGGGAAUCUCAGCUUCAAUGAAUUUGUGGACAUGUUCUCUGUCCUCAGCGAAAUGGCUCCUCGAGAGCUCAAGGCCAUAUACGCCUUCAAAAUAUACGAUUUCAAUGUGGAUAAUUACCUGUGCAAAGAAGACCUGGAAAAGACUCUAAAUAAACUGACGAAGGAGGAGUUGACUCCAGAGGAGGUGGAGCUGGUGUGUGAGAAAACCAUCGAGGAGGCGGAUUUAGAUGGAGACAACAAACUCUCCUUUGCUGACUUUGAAAACAUGAUAUCGAGGGCUCCUGACUUUUUAAGUACCUUCCAUAUACGAAUCUGA